AUGACCCCUUCCACGCAUUCCUCGGCAUCACCGGGGGUUGAAGCCGUACGCUCACCGGAUUUGGGCCGCGUCACGUCCAAACGGCCUCUGACAGCCACGGAUAGCACGACAGACGCUGAGAAUCGUCGCAAGGAUCCCAAGGAGACAAGAACUCCAAGACCGCUAGUUGACUCAAACACGACUGACCGAGGAUAUGUGGUAUCGACGGCAUCUGCUCCGCUCACCCGAGAAAUUUCGCAGCAUCCACAUAACGAUCCGACAUCUCAAGCUUUGCAAGAAAUAGAGAUCGAAGAUCAGUACUUUGACCCAACUUCUGGUUUGAACUUCUUACAUCGAGCCUGGCGAAAACUCUCGACUCAGAAGGGAGAUGGGGCUUCAUAUGGAUUUCAUGAAACAGAUAAACGUCAGCUUUUGGCUUCAGCUGGAGAUCGUCCUUUCAAGGUCGACAGAAAUGUUUUCGAUGCUUCGGGGUUUGUUUGUGUUCCCCAAGAAUCGACACUGCGGAAGUUGCUGGAAUUUUACUUUGAAACCUGUGUUGUAACAUAUCGCAUGUUGCAUCGACCAACAAUAGAGGCUUGGAUGGACGCUUUCGUCAAGGAUAGGCGAGAUGGCCAACCGAUUGGGUGCUCGCUCGGGCAUGCAAAGUCGGCGAUUUUGCUGGCUAUCAUGGCCAUUGCCACUUUGAGAUACGAAAAGGUCCACGGAGAUAAGUCGUCUCAAAACGAGGCAGUUGCGCUUGGUCAAAGUGACCAACUUUACUGCAUGUCUACGAAUUUAACCGAGACUGAGACCGGAUUCCCGCGACUAGAGUCAGUGCAAGGGAGGCUUCUCCAAGUGCUGUAUCUACUCCAAACGUCGCGUAUGAACAAGGGUUGGUAUACUUUCGGAAAUACGUGCAAUAUCACCCUAUCUUUGGGUAUGCACAGAAGACGCGACUGUCAGCGAGACGUGUCAUUUGCGAGUCGUCGCCUGGGUUAUAUUUCACUUCAAUGCUACAAGCGCACCUUUUGGGUAGCAUACACUAUUGACAAGUACUUAAGUGUGGUUUUCGGACGGCCGAGGCUUUAUCAAGAUGAGGAUAUUGACCAGGACUUUCCAGAAAGUGUGAAUGAUGAAGACAUGACACCUCAAUGUCUAUCAUUAUCUGAAGACUCGGGAGAUUGCCACAUUGAUUCGCUAAUAUUGCAUGCUCGGUAUGUAUCUGCUGAUAUGGCUUUGCGGGUUCGAAGCUGA